AUUGUCAUGGUUCUUGGCGUCGCUGCUCGAGAUAUUGGUGACCGUCUCUUGCAUGACAAUCAUUCUCAAAAUGGGACACGUUCUACCAUAUACCAGCACGUCGCUCAUUUUUGUAUUGCUGUUUAUCUUUGGAUUGUCUGUACUUUCCUUCAGCUACAUGAUGUCGAAGCUGUUCUCUUCGGCGAGUAUAGCGGCUGUGUGCUCUGCCAUCAUGUACCUCGUCACGUUUAUGCCGUUCGUCAUCAUCCUCUCGUUGGAAGCCGUCAUUUCCGCCACGGUCAAGCUCAUUGUUUGCGUCUCUAUGUCGUCGGCGAUCAGCUACAUGUUCCUGUACAUCGCGCGUUUCGAAGCCACAGGGGUGGGUGCGCAGUGGUCCGACAUAACCGCGACGGCAGACGAUGAAGACCUCAGCAUCGCUGCUGCAGCGAUCAUGACGCUGUUUGACGCUGCUCUUUAUUUAACUAUUGGAUAUUUGUUGGAUAGAUUUUUCGGCCCAAAGUCCCUCCAAAGCAGUAUAACAAACUGCACGACGUCGACGGAAAAAGCAGGAGUGAGCAUAGUGAACGUGAGCAAGAUUUACCACGAGGGUAGUCGUCGAGCCAAAGUUGCCUUGAACAAUGUCUCCAUAGAAAUGCAAAAGGGACAGGUCACUACGUUGCUGGGACACAACGGUGCUGGGAAAACUACGCUCAUAAACAUCUUGAUCGGCAUGCUAAAGCCAUCAAAGGGUCACAUUACGAUCCGUUCGGAGACUACGUCUCGCACGAAAGUCGGUGUUUGUCCACAACGAAACGUUCUAUUUGAAGAACUGUCUGCCAGUGAACAUGUAGCAUUAUAUGCACAGCUGAAGAGUGGACUGCCGCUCGAAGAAUUGCAAGAUGAAGUGCAAAGCAUCCUGCGCGUGCUGUCGCUGGGCGCGGUGGCCGCGGAGCCGGUGCGGCGCCUGUCGGGCGGCUCGCGCCGGCGCGUGUGCGUGGCGCUGGCCUUCGUCGCGCGCCCGCAGCUGGUCUCGCUGGACGAGCCCACGGCGGGCGUGGACCCCGCGGCCCGCAGGGAUAUCUGGUCGAUGAUAGUGAAGCUCCGACAAGGCAGAACGAUUCUGCUCACCACGCACCAUCUCGACGAGGCUGAGUUGCUCAGUGACCAGAUCGUCAUCAUGCAUAAGGGCCAAGUCCAUACGACAGGCUCACCGAUCGAAAUCAAACGCAGUCUUGGCAACGGAUACAGACUGUCCGUCCUAUACCCAAAACAGACCUCAGAUUGGUCCAACGACGACGUACAAAUCUCGACAGAGGAGCGAGCGAAGCAGCUAGUAGCAGUGGUGACGUCACAAGUGAAAAACGCGGCAUUGGUUGAAGCCAGUGAGACCGCUGUCGAAAUGCAGUUGCCGUUGUUUGACCACGACGGGGUUCAUAAUGACUUUCUCCAACUGUGUACGUCACUGGAAAGCCAGCAGUCAGCCCUCGGCUUCAAUGUAUACUCGCUCGAGUGUAGCACUCUGGAACAUGUCUUCUUCAACAUCUGUCAACAAGCUGACAGCGAAACCGCAGCAUCUACAGGGAUAUCCAUUGAAUAUAACGCCGACACCCCGUCAAAGAGCGCGUCCACCUUGAGCAUAAAGUGUGACAUGACGCCACUGGUGCCGGCCGAAGGACCGCUCAAGGGCAGCUCCUGGGAACAAUUCUGCGCUUUGCUACAUGCUAGAUAUCUGCAUUACACUCGAAACAGAUGGCUGUUAUUCCUACUAAUCGUACUCCCGUCGCUGUUCGUGACGACGGCGAUGGCGUUUUCUCUGAUCCGGCCGCCGCCGGACAACGAGAUCGCUUUGAGGCUCCACCCGCAUUUAUAUAGAAACUCGACGCAGUAUCUCGUACCACAACCAUCGGUAUACAACAACAGCAACACCUUGGAUGCCGCGUUCUCUCAAAGAAUCAUGGACAUACUGCAAUCCGGAAUGGAUGCGAGGAAUUGGAGUAUUACGGACACGCCGGAAUGCACGUGUGGCGAAACGAAGCAAAUCUGCGAGCUCAACGAACAACACUUGAACAGACCGGACAUGAUGGUCUUGCCGAACAGCGAAACCCUUAACGACUGGAUUCUGAAGACGCAUGACGCUUUUAUUGAGAAAAGAUAUGGCGGUUUCUCAUCCUCGUUGAAGAACAAUAUAACGCAUCUAGUGGUGUGGUACAACAACAAGGGUCACCACGCGAUGCCGGCAUACAUCAACGCGUUGAACAACGCCUUGUUCAAAAGCUUGUCCGGAGACAGAGAAGCCGAUAUAACUGUUUACUCGCAUCCACUGAAGAUAUCGAAGGAACAGAUCAGUAAGGAUACUGUCUACCAGCACGUAGCCGAUGCGGGCAUCUCUGCACUGGUGCUGGUCGGGUACUGCCUCGUUUCCGCCGGCGCCGCAGUGUACCUCGUGAACGCGCGGCAGCGGCAGGAGAAGCGCCUGCAGCUGCUGUGCGGGGUCACGCCGGCCAUGUACUGGACCGCUGCGUUGGCAGCAGAUAUGAUUAUAAUCAUAAUAAACAUGAUAAUCACGGUGAUUGUGUUCGAGGCUUUCGGGUUCCCUGUAUUCGUGGCCAAGAGCAAUCUGCCUGCCAUUUGUCUUCUCAUUCUUUUGUUUGGGUACGCGUGCGGCACCCUCAUCCACGUCCUUGAAAAGCUGUUCACCGAAGCAAGUAUGGCCAACAUGAUUCUGUUCUGCGGGAACACCUUCCUAGGUCUGGCCGGCAUCACGUUGCUGCUCAUCCUUGACGUCAUAUCGGAGUCUGACGCGACAGACAACGCUCGGUGGACACUGCACAAGAUCUUCUUGGUAUGCCCGCAGUUUGUGCUCGCUGACGGAAUGCUAGAGAUCGCCAAGAACACCAUACAAGCGCAGGUGCUGGAAAGAUUCGGUAUGGACACCUACAAAGACCCUUUGACAACGAGCCUCAUCGCAUACCACUACUUGGCUUUGAUUUUGGUGGGCACCGCUCUCUUGCUGCUGAACCUCGCUAUAGAAUAUAACCUCUUCGAAGGUAUAUUGGUUCGGUUUCGAUCCGAGUCCAUAUCGGAGACCAGGUCGGGUGAGAUGGAGGACUUGGAAGUUGCGGCAGAGAGGAAGCGAGUCCAAGUGGCGCUGGCGCAUCGCUCAGACGCGCCGGUGCGGCUGCCCACCAUUGGCAAUAUUAACGCUGGUAAAACUCCGUUGCUUCGAUAA